AGUCCAUAAUAUAGUUGAACAUUUUCUCUGUCCCUUUCUCUCUGUCUAUUUCUCUAUAUAUAGCACCUUUCGCUAGUGCUACACUUAACUUUUUCAUACCAAUCCUUCACCGUUUUUUUUUUAUCUUCCUAAACUAGUUCCUUAACAAUCAUGGCUUCAUCAACCUUUGCUUUGAGAUCUUUCUCUUCUUUCUCUGUGAAAUCUGCUACACCAAGAUCAUCACUCACCACUUCAUCUACCACAUCUCUUUUGCCUUUCACUUCAUCAAACCUAUUUCCCACUAGAACUCUCAAGCUAAACACCACUUCAUCACCACACUCUUAUAUGUCAGUGCCUAACAAGUCCUUCACUUGCAGAAGCCAGGCUGAACCAUCUGACUCAGCCAAAGUCCAAGAACUAAGUGUCUAUGAAAUCAAUGAGCGAGAUCGUGGAAGCCCUGCUUACCUUCGUUUGAGCCAGAAAACUGUCAAUUCCCUUGGUGAUCUUGUCCCCUUCAGCAACAAGUUGUACACUGGAUGCUUGCAAAAGCGGGUGGGGAUAACAGCUGGUAUUUGUGUUUUGAUCCAAAACAAAGCAGAGAAGAAAGGAGAUAGGUAUGAGGCUAUCUACAGUUUCUACUUUGGAGACUAUGGUCACAUUUCAGUGCAAGGUUCAUACUUGACCUAUGAAGACACGUAUCUUGCUGUGACUGGUGGAUCUGGCAUCUUUGAAGGGGUGUAUGGUCAAGUCAAGUUGCAUCAGAUUGUGUUUCCUUUUAAGCUUUUUUACACAUUUUAUCUCAAAGGUAUCAAGGACUUGCCUAAGGAGCUUCUUGCCAAUCCUGUUGAGCCCAGCCCAAGUGUUGAGCCCAGCCCAGCUGCUAAGGCCUGUGAGCCCCAUGCUGUUAUUGCUGGUUUCACUGAAUGAGGACUAUCUUUUUCUUUUUUUUCAUUAUUGACUUACUAUGUUUGUAGGAAUGCUUCCUUUGCAACAAUUUUACAAUUUGACCUUUAUUAUGUAGUUGUGGGUUUAGAAGUUUUUCUUGUUGAAUAAUGAAAAUGAUGUUGGGUUUUGUAGUGGUGGAGAAAUGGGAAUUUUCUAUGUUUAAAGGGGCAUGUGCUUGUGUUAGUGUAGUUAGUGGUGGUCUACCAUGUUUCCAAGAAAGUGUUGCACGAGGCAUUAUUGUAGAGCUAUUGUUGAGCUUA